CGUUCCCUCUGCUCCCGUCUCACUUAGACACUCACCAUCACACCCACACACCCAAGCGCACCAUCGGCUGAAUCACCAGCUAAGGCUAACUACCAACGCAUACACCAGCUGUGCCCUAUCAGAGCCAGCAAAAGAGAGAUGUCAAGCCGCCGUGGCAGGAUCACCGACGAGGAGAUCAACGAGCUCAUCUCCAAGCUUCAGGCCCUGCUCCCGGAAUCCUCCCGCCGCCGCUCCGCGAGCCGGUCGUCGGCGUCGAAGCUGCUGAAGGAGACGUGCGGCUACAUCAAGAGCCUCCACCAGGAGGUCGACGACCUCUCCGACAGGCUGUCUGAACUAAUGUCCACAUUGGAUGAAACCAGCCCGCAGGCCGAGAUCAUCCGGAGCCUUCUCCGCUAGCCGGAUUCCAUCCAACUUGGCCACUAGGCAGUAGCUACAUAUAUAUUAGCUCCAAUUCAUCGGCCGAAGAGGGAGACGAGGAGACAAGACAAGAGAAGAGAAGACAACAAGGAAGGCAUAGCAUUUUUUAGCUGCUUCUUGUUUCUUUUCCUUCCUGCUCCCCCGUUUCCGUCUCCUGGUACGUCGUUGUGUGUGUGCUUGUGAGGCCCUCAUUUAGCAGGGAAGGGCCUGGCUUCCGGUAUACUCCAUUGUGUUUGAUAUAUGCACCAGGUUGGUAGAGGUUAAUAAUAUAUAUGGUGCCACUUCUACCGAUUA